ACUUUUUGGAGAUUCCUCCCCACCGUUAAAGUUUCUUUCUUGAUUAUUCUCUUUGUUGAAUCGGUACUAGCUAGCCCCAGAAAGUUAGCUGCAGCCACUGGCAAAGAAAAAGCCAAAAAUGGCUAUUGGGUUUUCAUUUCAAUGGCUUUUUCUUCUCUGUUUAGUCUCCUCUGUUUCUGUCUCACUCUCGAGAAUAACACCCAGAUUUCCAUCUUCUGUUGUUAGCCCAGAAAAGGUCUCAGUUUCCCUCUCAUCCACAAAAAACCACAAGCUCUACAAAACCAGUUACUUCACUCAAACACUUGACCAUUUCAAUUUCAAUCCCCAGAGUUAUCAGACAUUUCAACAAAGGUAUCUGAUAAACGACACCUUCUGGGGUGGCGCCCAGACCAAGGCUCCAAUCUUCGUUUACACUGGUAAUGAAGGAGAAAUCGAAUGGUUUGCUCUAAACACUGGAUUUAUGUUCGAAACCGCUCCCCAUUUCAAAGCCCUUCUAGUUUUUCUCGAGCAUCGGUUUUAUGGGAAGUCCAUACCAUUUGGGGGUGAUAAGGAAGUGGCUUACAGCAACACAAGCACGCUUGGCUACCUUAGCUCCACACAGGCACUGGCGGAUUAUGCCACUUUGAUCAUGGAUUUGAAGAAGAAUUUAUCUGCGGUGGACUCUCCGGUGGUCGUCUUUGGAGGUUCCUAUGGUGGAAUGCUGGCAGCAUGGUUUAGAUUGAAGUAUCCGCACGUUGCCAUCGGAGCUUUGGCAUCUUCCUCUCCCAUCCUCGGUUUUGAGAAUUUAACUUCUCCAUAUAGCUUCAACAAUAUAGUCACUCAAGACUUUAAGAGUGAGAGUGAAAACUGCUACCAAGUGAUAAAGGGCUCGUGGCAACAGAUUGAAGACACUGCAAAGACUUCGAAAGGAAUCAACCUACUAAGGAAGUCAUUCAAAUUAUGCAAGAACUAUGAAUAUAUGGCAGAUUAUCUUGAAAGUUGGCUAUCAACUGCAUUUAUUUACACAGCUAUGACUGAUUAUCCAACCCCCUCAAAUUUUCUGAAUCCAUUGCCAGCUUACCCAGUGAAACAGAUGUGUAAAGCUAUUGAUAAUCCAAAGAGUGGUAGUGGUAGCAACACAUUUGAGAAGCUGUAUGGUGCAGCUAACGUCUACUAUAACUACAGUGGAACUGCCAAGUGUUUUGAUCUAUACGAUGAUUCUGAUCCUCACGGCCUCAGUGGAUGGAGUUGGCAGGCAUGUACAGAGAUGAUAUUGCCAACAAGUGGUAGCACCAAUGAAAGUAUAUUUCCAGCUAACGAUUGGCAUUACAGUGACAGAGCCUCCUCUUGCAAAGUAGCCUUUGGGACAGAGCCCAGACGCACCUGGAUCACUAAUGAGUUUGGCGGAUUUGCUAUUAAGAGAGUUUUAAAAAGGUUUGGGAGCAAUAUUAUCUUCUUUAAUAGCUUAAGAGACCCUUGGAGUGGUGGAGGGGUACUGAAGAACAUAUCUGAAACUAUAGUUGCAAUUGUUGCCAAAGAAGGUGCUCACCACGUAGAUUUGAGGUUCUCCACCAAAGAAGACCCAAAAUGGCUUAAAGAAGUGAGAAAGCUAGAGGCCAAGAUUAUUGCAGGGUGGAUCUCACAAUAUUAUCAUGAUUUGGCACAUCUAUCUUUCUAACUAAUUUUUU